CCAACAAAACAAAAUGGCGAUCCCAAGUGCAGUUUUGGCUGCAGGAUGGAUUCCCUUUGUUGUUGUUAUUGUCCUGACGCUGUUGUUUUCGGCAAUAUACAUCCGUUAUUAUAUGAGCAAAUAUGACAGUGAGCUGUCGACAACCCUGGCCACCAUCUUUGCUCUGACUAUCACCCUGCUGACGUCGGCCAUUGUACCCGUUGACAUCUUCCUUGUAUCCUACAUGAAAACAACUGAUGGAUCAUUCAAGGAUUGGGCUAAUGACUCUGCCUCCCGAGCUUCAAUUGAGCAUUCAGUCCUUUAUGGCUAUUACACGCUGUAUGCUCUCGUGACGUUCUGUCUGUUCAUCUUGCUACCCUUCUUCUAUUUCUUCUAUGAGGAGAAAGAUGAGGCUACCCCUACAUCAUGCAAGAGUAGAUGCUGUACAGCUCUGAAGUACCUGAUUGUGUUUAUCCUGGUCGUCGCUACUCUCAUGUUGAUUGGUGCUUUUGUUCCCACCAAGGGCACUCCCAACGCUAAUUCUACUGAGUGGAAGCAGAUAGAAGCCCUUUUCAAGGACCUGGCUAGCAAUGGGUUGGAAGACUCUCUGUCCUUUAUCAUCAGUGUGUUGAGCCUGCUGGGAAUGAUGGCCUUCAUCAUGUAUACGGCUUAUGGGAUGUCUGCCCUACCUAUUGACCUCAUCAAGGGCCGCUUGAGUGCCAAGAAGGAAAAAAUGCAAGUACAUGGUCAGAGAGAAGAAAGGGUGGAGAGAGCAGAGAGACGACAGGCCAUCAAGGAAAAGUAUUCAAGUCGCAAAAGAUUGGGCAAUCGUGACCAACAACACACUGAUGAGCAGGAUCGUUUGAUGGAAAGACAGCUGCGCCAUCUGGAGGCCAAUGACAGAAGCUGCAUACGGAAAUGUCUGCUGGUGCUACGUCCGUUUGAGAUGCUGUUUGGCUUUUUGUUUCUUCUCGUGGCCUUGCUCAUCUUCAUCUCACUGUUGCUCACCAAUAUUGACAAAGCCAUGCACAGUAAAGGAUACAAGAUUGGCUACGCCCUGGCUCAGAGGAAGCUGCCCAACCCUGUAGACAUUGCACUGGUCUUCUGUCAGAUGGUGUUCCCUCUGGACUACAUCCUCAUGUCGGGCAUCAUCGUGUAUUUCGUCUUCUGCUCCAUGUCGGGCAUCCGCAACAUCGGCAUCUGGUUCCUGUGGAUCAGGAUGUACAAGAUCCGUCCCCGUCGUACACGGCCCCAGGGCCUGCUGAUGUUGUGCAUGAUACUGAUGUUCAUCGUGUUGGCCAUCAACAUCAUUGUGUAUGAGCUGACACCACAGUACUCCACCUUUGGCAGUCAGAAAUAUGGCAACAUGACUGGAGGAUCAAACACAACAUCUACUCCAUUACAUCAGUGUACCAUGGAGGUGGCAGGUGAGUGUAAUGGCGGAAGUCUGGAAUGACUUAUACCACAGUAU